AUGAAUAAACUACUAUCAUCUCUAAUUAACUUUCGCGUAAAUGAAGAGUUAGAAAACAGCUAUAAUAUUAGAGAUAGAUUAUUAUAUAGAGUUUGGAAUAAUAUAUUUUUAAGAAAUGAAAUUCAUAAACAUAUUUUAAAGUUUAUUAAACAUAGUGUUGAAGAUCUUGAUAUAUCAGGUUAUAGCAAGUUUAAAGAUAAAUCAUAUAUAACAACACUUAACUGGCGUGGUGAUCCACUACCAGAUAAAGAUGAAUAUCCACCAUUUUUGACAAAUUUAUAUUUGCACGGUUCUUCUAUAAUGCUAACUCUAACAACUUUACCAAACACAAUUACUACACUCACAUUCGAUUAUUGUUUUAACCAAGUAAUUCCACCCGGCACAUUACCAAAUAGUCUCACAACACUCACAUUCGGUCAAGAUUUUGACCAAGUAGUUCUACCCGGCACAUUACCAAAUAAUCUCACAACACUCAAAUUCGGUAGUCGUUAUAAGCAUGUAGUUCUACCCGGCACAUUACCAAAUAGUCUCACAAAACUCACACUCGGUGAUUUAAUCAAAAUAGUUCGACCCAACACAUUACCAAAUAGUCUCACAACACUCAAAUUCGGUUAUUAUUUUAACAAAGCAAUUCUACCCUGCACAUUACCAAAUAGUCUCACAAAACUCACAUUCGGUGAUUGUUUUAAUCGAGCAAUUCUACCCGGCACAUUAUCAAAUAGUCUCACAACACUCACAUUCGGUCAUAAUUUUGACCAAGUAGUUCUACCCAACACAUUCCCAAAUAGUCUCACAACACUCAAAUUCGGUAGUCGUUAUAAGCAUGUAGUUCGACCCGGCACAUUACCAAAUAGUCUCACAAAACUCACAUUCGGUGAUUGUUUUAAUCAAGCAAUUCUACCCGGCACAUUACCAAAUAGUCUCACAACACUCACAUUCGGUCAAAAUUUUAACCAAGUAGUUCUACCCGGCACAUUACCAAAUAGUCUCACAACACUCACGUUCGGUUAUAAAUUUAACCAAGUAAUUCUACCCGGCACAUUACCAAAUAGUCUCACAACACUCACAUUCGGUCAAAAUUUUAACCAAGUAGUUCUAGCCGGCACAUUCGAUUAUUGUUUUAACCAAGUAAUUCUACCCGGCACAUUACCAAAUAGACUCACAUUCGGUCGUAGAUUUAACCAAGUAAUUCCACCUGGCACAUUACCAAAUAAUCUCACAACACUCACAUUCGGUGAUUGGUUUAACCAAGUAAUUCCACCUGGCACAUUACCAAAUAGUCUCACAACACUCACAUUCGGUCAAAAUUUUAACCAAGUAGUUCUACCCAACACAUUACCAAAUAGUCUCACAACACUCACACUCGGUGAUUUGUUUAAUCAAGUAAUUCCACCCGGCACAUUACCAAAUAGUCUCACAACACUCACGUUCGUUUAUUGUUUUAACCAAGUAGUUCUACCCGGCACAUUACCAAAUAGACUCACAACACUCACGUUCGUUUAUAAAUUUAACCAAGUAUAA